AGCAAUUCGUUGCACAGUUGCACAGAAGCGUGGUUGUCUGCUGUUAAACGUCACGCAAGAUAAUACGGUUCUACCUUGCAGUUAUUUGUAAACGUACUCAUUUAAAUCAUGGCACUUUAUAUGAAAGCAGCAGAGAUUCUCGAUAAAGUGGAGCAAAGGAAGGGUGCUGUGAAAACUCUGGUGUACGACAGUAAAUUUCAGAAUAUUAAACAACUUUUUGCCCUCGUCUGUGAAACUCAGAAAUAUUCUUUGGUGCUUCAGGAGAUUGUAGAAAACACCAGGCUUCUGAAACACACCAACCUCCGAAAUAAUUUAGCAAAGGUUCUGGUUUAUGACUUGCUCAUUGGCCAAGGCUUAAAAUGUGGUGGAAACUGGAAGGCAAUGAUGUUGAAGCACCAGUCCAGAUUACAAGCUGCUUUGGCUCGAAUUAAAGUCAAACGCAAAGUCAGUCGAAAUCAGGACCUGCUUCCUCCUAGUGUGCAGCACAAAGGUUCAGAUAUCCCACGAUAUGUACGUGUUAACACAUUAAAAACAACUGUGGAAGAUGUCAUUGACUACCUGAAGAGAGAGGGAUAUUCAUAUCAUGGAACAGCAAACCAGCUUGAGGAUUUGUGCUCUGUCUCUGGGAAGGUUUUUAUGCGUGAUCUUCACUUCAGAGACAUUCUGGUUUUCAGUGCGAAAAUGGACUUCCAUGAUCAUUUCCUGUAUAAAGCAGGACACAUUAUCUUGCAAGACAAGGCCAGCUGUCUCCCUGCAUAUCUCCUGGACCCUCCAGUUGGAGGCCAUGUGAUUGAUGCUUGUGCAGCUCCUGGGAAUAAAACCAGCCAUCUGGCAGCCAUCAUGAAAAAUAAAGGCAAGCUUUUUGCCUUCGACCUUGAUGCAAAGCGACUCUCCACCAUGAGCACUCUCCUCCUUCGUGCUGGAGUCACAUGCCAUCGUUUGGCCAAUGAGGAUUUUCUUAAGGUGGAUCCACUUUCCCCAGCAUACAAGGAUGUCAAACACAUCCUUCUUGAUCCAUCUUGCAGUGGUUCAGGAAUGGUGUGUCUGCAUGAUGGUAGCUCAGAGGAGCAGGAACAGGAACCUGAGCGUCUAAAGGCAUUGGCUACAUUUCAGCUGCGCUGCCUGAACCAUGCACUGAAGUUCCCAAAGCUCCAGCGGCUUGUCUAUUCUACCUGCUCCAUCCAUCCACAGGAGAAUGAGGAAGUUGUGUCUCUUUGUUUAGAGAAAAAUCCUGAUUUUAGACUAAUUCAUCUUCUUCCUGAGUGGCCUGAGCGAGGUCAGGACCCACUUACAGAGUGUCUUCGAGCCAGCACUACAAAAACCUUCACGCAUGGAUUCUUUGUAGCUAUGCUAGUAAGGCAGGCUACUCCAAACACUGAGAGUUCUUCUAAACAGCCCCCUGUCAUAAGUGAUCCUUCUGUUGUUGUCGAUGAGCAGACGGAGGUAUCUGUGGAAGAUGAUCAGCCUCCUGCAGCAAAGAAAAGAAGGAAUAGAAAGAAACCCAAAAAGCAAAAAACCUAAAAUGUUCACUUAUAAAUAUGAAAUGAUAGUUUUAUAAAAUAUGUAUGAUGCUGAAUUUCUAUUUGUUGAACGUUUGAAUAAGACUAAAGGAGUCAUUGUCUCAAGGUU